AUGGCCGACGACGAGCGCCGCGCAAAGCGAUCUCGCUUUGAUCAAACCGAACCUGAGCCCCGUCGAUCGAGGUUCGACCGCCGCUCACGAUCACCUACCUCUCGUCACUCGGAUUCAACUCGUCAGCGCAGUCCAUUGAGUAGGGAGCCUCGCAGCCCAGGUGGUGAUGCUUCCGCCAGGUCUUCGGCUGCACCCGAUCCUACGGCAGCAGCCGCUGCUGCCGCCGCUAAAAUUAAUGCGCAGUUACAGGCUAAAAAAGGAAUUCAGCAUGUCGAUGUGCCUCCUAUCCGUUCGACUGGAAGCCCCGCCGCGAAAAUAAGUGACUCCACCGAAGGUGCUACCAAGCUCGACAACGACGUCUACAUUGCCGACGGAGACUAUAUCAAAGAUAUCGAUGUGAACAGCCUGCGUAACCGCUAUGCUCUCACCAGAGGUUCCACGCAGAGAAUGAUUAAAGAAGAAACUGGCGCUGAUGUCACAACCCGUGGUAGUUACUAUCCGGAUCGGUCGAUGGCCACUCCUUCGAACCCUCCCCUCUACCUCCAUGUUACCAGCACUACCCGAGAGGGUCUCGAUAAAGCCAUCGCCAAGAUUGAGGAGCUCAUGAAACAGGAGCUGCCCAAUCUCGUGGACGAACGUCGAUUCCGCCGUCGGGAACAACCAGAGGUUGAACGCGAUGAAUUUGGACGGAGGAAAUGGCCCGAGGAACGAAUUCCUAUCGAUCUUGAGCCGAUCCAAGGUUUCAACUUACGAGCCCAGGUUGUUGGUCAGGGUGGAGCGUACGUAAAGCAUAUUCAACAAAAGACCGGUUGCAAAGUCCAGAUCAAAGGACGCGGCUCCGGCUUCCGAGAACAUGGCACGGAUCGAGAGAGCGAUGAGCCUAUGUAUUUGCAUGUUGCCGGCCCCGACCCCAAUCAAGUGCAGGUUGCCAAGGAACUUUGCGAGGACUUGCUGUCAAAUGUCCGUGAGCAGUAUCAAAAGUUCAAGGAAAAUCCUCCUCAGCACGGAUAUGGCGGUUAUGGUCAGCGCGGUGAUCGUCACUAUGGUGGAGGCCAGGGCGGUGGCUAUGGUGGUGGUUACGGCGGCGGCUACCAACAACAUAAUCAACACCAACAUCAACAGUCUCCGCCUGCUGGCGCAUCAAUGAGCCCUACAGGUGCAGGCACCCCUGGAGAGAGUACCCCUGGAGCCGCUACGGAUUACGCCGCUCAGUAUUCUCAAUAUUAUAACGGCCAGGAUCCUUACGCAGCUUACGGAGGCUACCAAAACUAUGUUGCUUAUUAUCAAUACUACCAACAAUGGGCCCAACAGCAACAAGGGGGAGCCCCAGGCGCUCCAGGUGCCGAUGCCAGCGGUGCAGCACCUCCUCCACCUCCACCUUCUGGCGACGCACCACCACCGCCUCCUGGAGCUGGAUCAGGUUCUCCUCCACCGCCACCUCCCCCUGGUGGUGGAAGUUACAAUGCUGUACCACCUCCUCCAGGCUUGUAA